AUGGCAGACGACAAGCCCACCGAGUACGUCACGUUGGUGUCUAACGACGGCUACGAAUUCAAGCUGUUGCGUUCUGCAGCAUGCAUAGCAGGAACAAUCAAGAAGGCGCUGGAUCCUAUGUCUGGCUUCCGGGAAAAUGCACAGAAUCGCGUCGAUCUACCGACCAUCAAUGGCGUUGUACUAGAGAAGGUUUGUGAGUACCUUUAUUACAACCAGAAGCAUGCGGAGAGCAAAGACGUCUCGGAUAUGGAUAUACCGCCUGAGCUGUGCUUGGAGCUGCUGAUUGCUGCUGAUUAUCUCGAUGACUACGUCAGUCAGGUAGUAUGA